GUCCUCACAGUGUAGACUCGGCUCCCCUGUCCCCCGGCUGCACGGAGCAGCCUCCACGGCCCCCAGACUCGGGUUCUUUUUCUGGUUCUUUUUCUGGAGUCCCCGACGCACCCUCCCUUGGGUCCCCGCUUCAGGACCUUCGUUCUCUUUCUUGCAAACCAGGCGGCUCCGCACUGCGUUCCGGCAGUUGGGCAUUGCUCCCGGCCCCAGCGCGGUCUCUGCAGCUUCCGUAGCCCCGCGCCCCGCGCGCACCGGUUCUGGGCCUCUCCGCGUCUGCUACGAAGUCCCCGGAGCUCCUCGGAUGCGGGAAGUUUCUCUCGCCCUCCCCACACACACUCGAUCGGGCAGUGUGUCCGCCAGGACGUAGGCAGGGCUUCUCCCGCGUCCAGGAGAACGACUGGGCAUUGCCCCCAGUUUCCCCCAAAUUUGGGCAUUGUCCCCGGGUCUUCCAACGGACUGGGCGUUGCCCCCGGACACUGGGGACUGCCCCCGGGGUCUUGCUCACCUUCUGCGCGUCCACCGCUCGUCGUAGAGCGCUCUCUCGCUGCCUCGACUCCUCCGCGCCCGCGGACGCAGCCUCGGCCUUCAGCCUCGCGGAGAUGGUUUCCCCAGACCCUCAAGUGACCGUGGUGGCCCCCGGGGCUGAACCCGAAUCUACGCAAGUCCAGCGCAUAGAGGACGGGGGAACCAUUAUCCGGAUAUUUUGGGUGGGCCCCAAAGGCGAGCUGCUUAGACGCACCCCGGUGAGCUCGGUCAUGCAGUCAUCAUCAAUGGGGAUCUCAGCGGGGAAGUCGGUGCUGGCGCUUCUCACCUUCUUGGCCUUCGCCUCGUGCUGCUAUGCUGCUUACCGCCCCAGCGAGACCCUGUGCGGCGGGGAGCUGGUGGACACCCUCCAGUUUGUCUGUGGGGACCGCGGCUUCUACUUCAGCCGACCAUCCAGCCGCAUAAACCGACGCAGCCGUGGCAUCGUGGAAGAGUGUUGCUUCCGAAGCUGCGACCUGGCCCUCCUGGAGACUUACUGUGCCACCCCCGCCAAGUCCGAGAGGGAUGUGUCUGCCUCUACGACCGUGCUUCCGGACGACCUCACCGCAUACCCCGUGGGCAAGUUCUUCCGAUAUGACACCUGGAAGCAGUCCACGCAGCGCUUGCGCAGGGGCCUGCCCGCCUUCCUGCGAGCACGCCGGGGUCGCACGCUCGCCAAGAAGCUGGAGGCGCUCAGAGAGGCCAAGAGUCACCGUCCGCUGAUUACUCUGCCCACCCAGGACCCUGCCACCCACGGGGGCGCCUCUUCGGAGGCAUCCAGCGAUUAGAAGUGAGCCAAAUGUCGUAAUUCUGCCAAGUGAUACCAUCUACCUCGCGCCGUCCUCCUGGCCGGGACCGCCCCACUAAGUCCCUCUCUGAAAUCUCUGUACCAUCCUGUCUGCGGGCCCCCCUAUCCCAGCCUCUGUGCCCCAACCUCCCCACGUCAGGCAACACCCCCCUCGGCCCCCUCCACCUGGCCGAGGGGAUCAGAACAACAUCUCUAAAAAUGUACAAAACCAAUUGGCUUUAAAUAUCCCCCCAAAUUAUCACCCCCCAAAUUACCUCCAAAUUAUACAACCAAAAUUGCAAUCAUGAACCCCUCAAUCAGCCCCCUUGAAACGAAUUGGCCUUUUAGCAACACCAGAAAAGCAAACCAGCUUUCCAAAAACUUCUAAAAAAAAAAAAAAUCAAUUGGCUGAAAAAAA